AUGUGGGUGAACCCCGAGGAGGUGCUGCUGGCCAACGCGCUGUGGAUCACCGAGAGGGCCAACCCCUACUUCAUCCUGCAGCGGAGGAAGGGGCAUGCGGGCGAUGGAGGCGGCGGCGGCGGGCUGGCUGGCCUCCUGGUGGGUACCCUUGAUGUCGUGUUGGACUCCAGUGCCCGGGUGGCUCCCUACCGAAUCCUGUACCAGACCCCAGACUCCUUGGUCUAUUGGACCAUUGCCUGUGGUGGUUCUAGGAAGGAAAUCACUGAACACUGGGAAUGGCUAGAGCAGAAUCUGCUGCAGACACUGUCCAUCUUUGAAAAUGAGAAUGACAUCACCACUUUUGUGAGAGGAAAAAUACAGGGCAUCAUUGCAGAGUAUAACAAAAUCAAUGAUGUGAAGGAAGACGAUGACACCGAGAAGUUUAAAGAGGCCAUUGUGAAAUUCCACAGGCUGUUUGGGAUGCCCGAGGAAGAGAAACUUGUCAACUACUACUCCUGCAGCUACUGGAAGGGGAAGGUCCCCCGUCAGGGUUGGAUGUACCUCAGUAUUAACCACCUUUGCUUUUAUUCUUUUCUUAUGGGAAGAGAAGCCAAGCUGGUGAUCCGGUGGGUGGACAUCACUCAGCUGGAGAAGCGCGCCACGCUGUUCCUGCCCGACGUGAUCAAAGUGAGCACACGGUCCAGCGAGCACUUCUUCUCCGUGUUUCUCAACAUCAACGAGACCUUCAAGCUAAUGGUGCAGCUCGCCAACAUCGCCAUGAGGCAGCUCUUGGACAACGAGGGAUUCGAACAGGAUCAAUCCCUGCCCAAGCUGAAAAAGAAAUCUCCUAAAAAAGUGUCUGCUCUAAAACGCGAUCUUGACGCCAGGGCCAAGAGUGAGAGGUACCGUGCGCUUUUCCGGCUGCCCAAAGAUGAGAAGUUAGAUGGCCACACAGACUGCACCCUCUGGACCCCAUUUAACAAAAUGCACAUUUUGGGGCAAAUGUUUGUGUCCACAAAUUACAUCUGCUUUACCAGCAAGGAGGAAAACUUGUGUAGCCUCAUUAUCCCGCUGCGGGAGGUGACAAUUGUAGAAAAGGCGGACAGCUCCAGCGUCCUCCCCAGUCCUCUGUCCAUCAGCACUAGGAACAGGAUGACCUUCCUGUUUGCCAACCUGAAAGACAGAGACUUUCUGGUGCAGAGGAUCUCUGAUUUCCUGCAGCAGACGACCUCCAGAAUAUACUCGGACAAGGAGUUUGCAGGGAGCUACAACAGUUCGGACGAUGAGGUGUACUCUCGGCCCAGCAGCCUCGUUUCCUCCAGCCCCCAGAAAAACUCGAGCUCGGACUCUGAGGGAGAGCGCCAGUUCAACCUAAAUGGCAACAGCGUCCCCACGGCCACACAGACCCUGAUGACCAUGUAUCGGCGGCGGUCUCCUGAGGAAUUCAAUCCAAAAUUGGCCAAGGAGUUUUUGAAAGAGCAAGCCUGGAAGAUUCACUUUGCCGAGUAUGGGCAAGGCAUCUGCAUGUACCGCACAGAGAAAACCCGGGAGCUGGUGCUGAAGGGCAUCCCAGAGAGCAUGCGGGGCGAGCUCUGGCUGCUGCUCUCAGGUGCCAUCAACGAGAAGGCCACGCACCCUGGGUACUAUGAAGACCUCGUGGAGAAGUCCAUGGGGAAGUACAAUCUCGCCACGGAGGAGAUCGAGAGAGACUUGCACCGCUCCCUCCCAGAGCACCCAGCCUUCCAGAAUGAGAUGGGCAUUGCGGCUCUGAGGAGAGUCUUAACGGCUUAUGCUUUCCGAAACCCUAACAUAGGGUACUGCCAGGCCAUGAACAUCGUCACCUCGGUGCUGCUGCUUUAUGCCAAAGAAGAGGAGGCUUUCUGGCUCCUGGUGGCUCUGUGUGAGCGCAUGCUUCCCGACUACUACAACACCAGAGUUGUUGGUGCGCUGGUGGACCAGGGCGUCUUCGAGGAGCUGGCGCGAGACUACGUCCCCCAGCUCUACGACUGCAUGCAGGACCUGGGCGUGAUCUCCACCAUCUCCCUGUCCUGGUUCCUCACCCUGUUCCUCAGUGUGAUGCCCUUUGAGAGCGCGGUGGUGGUGGUAGACUGUUUCUUCUACGAAGGAAUCAAGGUGAUAUUCCAGCUGGCCCUGGCUGUGCUGGAUGCCAAUGUGGACAAACUGUUGAACUGUAAGGACGACGGGGAGGCCAUGACCGUUCUGGGAAGGUACUUGGACAGUGUGACCAAUAAAGACAGCACCCUGCCUCCCAUUCCUCACCUCCACUCCCUGCUUAGUGAUGAUGUGGAGCCUUACCCCGAGGUGGACAUCUUCAGACUCAUCCGAACUUCCUACGAGAAAUUUGGAACGAUCCGGGCAGACUUGAUUGAGCAGAUGAGAUUCAAACAGAGACUGAAAGUGAUCCAGACGCUGGAGGACACCACCAAACGGAAUGUGGUGCGAACCAUUGUGACCGAAACAUCCUUUACCAUCGAUGAACUAGAAGAACUUUAUGCUCUUUUCAAGGCAGAACAUCUCACCAGCUGCUACUGGGGCGGGAGCAGCAACGCGCUGGACCGGCACGACCCCAGCCUGCCUUACCUGGAACAGUACCGCAUUGACUUCGAGCAGUUCAAGGGGAUGUUUGCUCUCCUCUUUCCCUGGGCCUGUGGAGCUCACUCCGACGUGCUGGCCUCCCGCCUGUUCCAGUUACUAGACGAAAACGGAGACUCUCUGAUUAACUUCCGAGAGUUCGUCUCUGGGCUAAGUGCUGCCUGCCAUGGGGACCUCACAGAGAAACUCAAACUCCUGUACAAAAUGCAUGUCUUGCCUGAGCCGUCCUCUGAUCAACAAGAGCCAGAUUCUGCUUUUGAAGCAACUCAGUAUUUCUUUGAAGAUAUCACCCCAGAAUGCACACAUGUGGUUGGCUUGGAUAGCAGAAGCAAGCACAGCGCAGAUGAUGGCUUCGUUACUGUGAGUCUGAAGCCAGACAGAGGGAAGAGGGCAAAUUCUCAAGAAAACCGUAUUUAUCUGAGGCUCUGGACUACAGAAAAUAAGUCAAAAUCAAAGAAUGCAAAGGACUUACCCAAAUUGAAUCAGGGGCAGUUCAUCGAGCUGUGCAAGACGAUGUACAACAUGUUCAGCGAGGACCCCAACGAGCAGGAGCUGUACCAUGCCACGGCGGCCGUGACCAGCCUCCUGCUGGAGAUCGGGGAGGUGGGCAAGCUCUUCAUCGCCCAGCCGGCGGCCAAGGAGGCGGGCAGUGGGGCCAGCGCCCAGGGCAUCCUGGGUGUGCCCUUCUCCAGGAAAGGGCCCCCCGGCCAGCCUUACGGGAUGGAGCCCCCGGAGGCCCACCCGGCCAGCCUGGCGGGCGACAGCGAGGAGCACUCCCUGGGAGGGCAGAUGGAGGACAUCAAGCUGGAGGACUCCUCGCCCCGGGACAACGGGGCCUCCUCCGCCAUGCUCAUCUCCGACGACGACACCAAGGACGACAGCUCCAUGUCCUCGUACUCGGUGCUGAGCGCCGGCUCCCAUGAGGAGGACAAACUGCACUGCGAGGACAUCGGGGAGGACACGGUGCUGGUGCGCAGCGGCCAGGGCACCGCAGCGCUGCCUGGCAGCACCUGCCUGGACCGCGACUGGGCCAUCACCUUCGAGCAGUUCCUGGCCUCCCUCCUCACGGAGCCCGCCCUGGUGCGGUACUUUGACAAGCCCGUGUGCAUGAUGGCCAGGAUCACCAGCGCGAAGAACAUCAGGAUGAUGGGCAAGGCGCUCCCUUCGGCCAGUGACUACGAGAUCUCGGCCUUGUCUGGCUGA